AUGCGAUGGCUACUCCUCAGCGACCUCCACUUCAAGCACCAUGAUCUAGACCGGGUGCGGAAGACGGCGCAAUGGAUCGUGAUGGCGGCGGAGCGAAACAAGGUUGGACGGGUGGUGGUGUGCGGUGACUUGCUGACAAGCCGCACGAUGCACUCGACGAAUGUCCUCUCUGCAUGUUACCGCUUCAUUGGACAGCUCAGUGAGGUCGUGCCACGGGUCCAUAUUGUGCUUGGCAACCAUGACCUCGCGUACCGUCGCGACUACCAGACCACAGCCCUUGACGCCCUCAAUAUUAGCCGUUUGGCUCCGUUCGUGACGCUGCAUAGCGGUGUCGCCCGCCAUGAAUGGGACGGUCGGCGAGUCUUGCUGUUGCCGUUCCGCGAGGAGCAGGAGGAGUUGACCAAGGCCGUAGCCGCUCUGUGCCCUACUGAGGCUAGCAAUACGGUUGCCUUUGCUCAUCUGGCGAUCAACAAGGCCAUCACGCAGCGGCAUGUGGUCAGUACAAGCGUCGACAAGCCUCGUGUAGCUAACUCCAUCACGUACCGUGGCUUAACGGGACCAGACCAAUUUGCCUCGCUGGCUCGGACGUUCACAGGACAUUUUCACAGUCACCAGACUAUUACCCAAGAACGAUCUGACGGCCACCAUUUCGACCUGCAGGGCAGCAUCACAUACCUAGGAUCGCCCCUGCAGCUGAGCUGGUCUGACCUGGACGAUGAGCAGAGGGGCGUCGUCUUGUUCGACCCCGAAACGCUCGCGCAUGAAAUGCUCAUCAACCCGCACGCCGUAGGUUACACAACAACCGACCUGCGGCAAGUCCUCGAAGGCCAGGUCGACCAAGAUGCCGUUCUAGACAAGCACGUCAUGCUUCUAGGUGAACUUACCCGCCUAAAGUACGUCUCGGCUCGCGACAGGCUUCUCUCGAUGGGCGUGCGGAGCGUGAGAAGCUGGACACCCAUGGGUUUUUUCGGCGGCCCGUCAUUCGGCGGUCUUGGCUCAUCUGUGCCAGUGAGCGAUGCAUCUGUCCAGCCGUUGAAUGAGCCCACCAAGGCGGAGCCGGAUCUAGAUAUCACGAGCGACAGCAUUUCGGGUCCUGAUCCUGUCACUGGACCUGAGAUUGCAAAAUUCGAUCUCGGCGCGGAAGCUCGCGAGUUUGUAGAGGGGCUAGAGCUGGACAAAUCUCUGCUUUCACGUCGAGAUGAGCUGGUGCGGGUUGGUCAGCGAUUGAUCCAAGCCUCCCACGAGAUGACAGAUACAGAGAACGAGAGCGAGGUUAAUUACCGGGAUUUUCUUGAUAAAUCAUCACAAACCAUCGGUACAAAAACUGCUACUGAGCUGGUAGGAUCCUCAACCCACGUCUUCGUCGCCGAGCCACGCAGGCUCUUAAUCACCAACUUCCUUGGCGUCAAUGGCACUAUCACCAUUGACUUCCGACAGGACCUUCGGCGCGGAUUGACAUUCCUAGUCGGCGAUAAUGGCUCUGGUAAGAGCACGUUGGUCGAGGCCAUGAUCUGGUGUCAAUUCGGGCGGUGUAUUCGUAGCGGGCUGGCGGUCAAUGAUGUCGUCAAUGACAGUGCCGGCAAGAACUGCUCAGUUAUGCUGGAAUUUGCCAACGGAUACUCCAUCACGCGCUAUCGCAAGCACAAGACUCAUGGUAACCGCGUCGUGGUCUCACUACACGGCGAGCCGCAGCCGCAGCUGGAGCACCCGGACAUGCGCACGACACAGGCUGCCGUCGACGAGCUGCUUGGUAUUGACUAUGAGACGUACGUCAGGACAGUUGUUCUAGGCCAUGAGAGCACAGCGAGCUUUCUGACCUCGACGCAAACGCAGCGGCGUGACUUGAUUGAGGAAUCGCUCGGGCUAUCGAUACUGGACAAGUGCGGGCAGUUGUCGAAGCUGUUGCUCAAAGAUCUGGAUAAGGACAUAGAUGAGGUAGAGGGUAUGCUGGAAGGCUUGCUCCGGACGAUGGAGUACAGCAAACGACGGCUUAAAGAUCUGGAUGGGACACGGAAGCGGCUCAAAGAGGAGGCGAAGGAGGCAGAAGAGGCUGUUGCAUCCUUGGAGACGGUGAUUCAAGAAUAUGCAGCUACUGAAAUACUGCUUGAUGCACAAGGACCUUUCCGCAAAACCCACAGAGAAUUUGGACCCGAGCAUUCCGACCUCGACGCAGAUGUCAUAGAUGCCAAGCAAGAUCCCUUUGGCAUAAACAAGGUAUCACAGGGCCUGCUGAAUUCGACCGAUGUCGCUGGGGUCAACGUGGACUUUCGCGUUGAAAUUUCGGCCUUGCAGGAACAAAUAUACAUUGGGCAGGAGAAUUUGCGGCGACUGGAAGCCUCCUAUGCUCGGAUACAAGAAGAAGAAAAGCGUGAUGAGCUGACCUCACGCCCGACCUCACGUCUUGGCUGGCUACAGCGACAACUGAGUCAAAGACUUGGGGACAUGGCUACGGGUCAUCCUGUAGGCCUGCACAAGUUCUUGAGUUCCAUGAAGACCUCCAUCCUUAACUUCGGGUUGUCAGUAGUGAGGGGCCUCUCAUACAUAUUCAAGAUUCCCAAGGACGGCUCUCAGGGACCCAGCGCCCAAGACCACAACCAAGCGGCAGCCAUCGGUAGUCUCCGCAAAGACAUCGAGAAUAGCAUGUCACGGCUACAGAUCCUAGAAAACGAGAUGGACCGAAUCAUUGCCCUAGAGAAGCUCGCCAUCAGCCAUAUCGCCAAGCUGAAGAAACACUUCGCGCAGGCCUUCCAGGCCCAAGAGUCACUAAGGGCCCUGCAGCAGCAAGCCGCACUCAAGCAGCGCGACGUCGCCACGUACACAGAUUUGGUCGAAACAGAUCAGUCGUCUCUACAGUCGCUACGCUUGGAACACAAGGCAUUGACCGCCAGACGUAACGAGCUUGACGCAAACCGUGAGCUCUUCGCAUUUUGGUCUUCUAACCUAGGGAAGCGCAGCCGUCGCACUUCUUCGCCUUCCUCGACGACCAACUUCCGCGAGUAUGUCCUUGUUAAGCCGCUGGCGGAACUCAACGAGCUCCUCGCGCGGAUUCUCACGACGAUGUACGAUCACAACCACUCCGCACGCGGCAUGGCAAAGGGUAUGUUGCAGUCGCUACUAGAGCCUGACUGCGGCGACGCCGAAAUCGAUGACUCCUCGGGUUCUGUCCUCCAGCCCACGCUUGCUGUCCAUCCCUCGCUGGCAUACGGCAAGCGCUCGGGCGGAGAGCGCAAGCGUGUCGACCUGGCGCUCUUCUUCUCACUGAUGCAGCUGAUGUGGGCCAGGAGUGCGCACCGCGCCCACUAUAUGCUCGUCGACGAGGUGUUUGACAGUCUGGACGAGGCGGGCCAGGCGGCUGUGAUUAGGUGGUGCGGGCUCAUGUCGCAGACGGUGGCUGGCUGGAUCGUGGUCAUCACCCACAGCCAGUUCCUGAUCGAGAAGAAUGUAGAGGAAGAGGCCGGUAAGGUCUCGGUUAUGCGGGCAAGAAUGGGAGAGGAUGGGAUGGAGCUGGUUGUUGAUGCGCGGAGAAUUGGUGUUCAAUAA